CUAUAAAAGCACACACACUCACCACAGCUCCCAGAGCUGUUUCCCAGCCCUUCUCUGAGAGUGCAGUUGGUGUGCAAGUCCACAAGACAGCAGAGAGUCAAGGCAGGAUUCUGAGGAGCCGGUCCUGGUGAGAACCCAGAGAACUGCUGCCACCUUCACAGCAACCAUGGGAGAGAAUGUUGGCGGUGAUCAGGUCAAGGAGAAUCUGAUUCAGCUGAGAUGUCACUUCACAUGGGAUCUGCUGUUAGAAGACAUUGACAUACCUGAUUUAGAGACGAGGAUCUCUGAGGAGCUUGAAUUCCUAGACAUCAAGGACACAGUGGGAAUGCUCAACUUCCAGGCCUAUGUGAGACACCUGAAAGGCCAGCAUGAGGAAGCCCUGCAGAGCUUGAUGGAAGCAGAAGCCUUGAUCCAGAGAGAGCAGAUGGGCAAGAGAAGCCUUGUGACCUGGGGCAACUGUGCCUGGGUGCAUUAUCACAUGGGCAGUUUGCCAGAAGCCCAGACCUACCUGGACAAGGUGGAGAACACGUGUAAGGAAUUGGGAAGUCCCUUCCCAUAUAGGAUGGAGUGUGCUGAGAUGGACUGUGAACAAGGCUGGGCCUUGCUGAAGUGUGGAGGACAGAAUUAUAAACAAGCCAUGGCCUGCUUUGCAAAGGCUCUAGAAGUGGAGCCUGAAAACCCUGAAUAUAACACUGGUUAUGCUAUUGUAGCCUAUCGUCUAGACUGUGAUGACAAUAAUAUUUCUCUAGAACCCCUAAGGAAGGCUGUCAGGUUAAAUCCAAAAGAUCCAUAUAUUAAAGUUUAUCUUGCCCUGAAGCUUCAGGUGUUAAGAGAAACAGCUGACGCAGAAACAUACAUUGAAGAAGCCCUCAGUAGCACAUCCUGCCAACACUAUAUCUUUCGCUAUACAGCCAAGUAUUACCGAAGGAAAGGCUGCAUAGACAAGGCUCUCCAUCUGCUACACAGGGCCCUGCAGGCAUCACCUGCCUCUGGUUACCUGCAUUACCAGCUAGGGCUCUGCUACAAGCAACGGAUGAUCCCACUGCUGUCAUCUAGAAACAAGCAGCCCAGAAGUCAGAGCGAUGUGCAGGAAUUGGCACAACAGGCCAUUUGUGAAUUUCAAGAGGCUGUGAAACUCAGGCCCACAUUUGAGAUGGCUUAUGUUGGCAUGGCUGAAGUGCAGGCAGAAAUUGGCCAGUAUGAAGAAGCAGAGGCAAAUUUCCAGAAGGCACUGAACAUGAAAAAUCUUGAGUGUCACAUAGAGCAGGACAUUCAUUUCCACUAUGGCCAUUACCAACAAUUUCAUCAGAAAUCAGAUGACAAGGCGAUCACCCACUACUUAAAAGGUCUGAAAAUAGAAGAAAAGACCUUUGCCUGGAGGAAACUACUCACAGCUUUGGAGAAAGUGGCCACAAGACGUGCUGACCAGCAUGUUCGACUUGUGGAGAGCACCAGCUUGCUUGGUUUGGUUCACAAACUGAAGGGGGAAGAGGAGGAGGCCCUGCAGUGCUAUGAGAGGGCUCUGAGGCUCACUAGGGGAGUGAACCCUGAGUUCUGAAUGCAGCUCCCCUCUGUGAAGUGAAUGUACUCAUAACUGCGGGUUCCUACCCUUUUUUCUGAUCUCUUUCUCCAGAACAGCAUGGCUUGCUAAAAUGCCAAGUGUCAUGGUCCACAGGAAUAUGAAAUAGAAGUCCAGAUAUAUGUAAUAAAGCUAUACCUUGAAAGGUCAAGAAAUCCUUCAAGAGGGAAUUCAUUUAUUGGAGAGUAUUCAGCUUUUAAUGUUCAGCUGUUUCUUGCUAUGAAUUUCGUGAGCUCAUAUUUUCCCCAAUAACUGUAUAUAUGGACAAAUAUGCUCAACGUACUUGGAUAAGGUCACAUAGACAAGGCUUUCUGCCUCCAGACUUCCUGAUCCCUUUUUAGUAUUUGAAUUAGGUAUCUGCCUUUUGCAACUAUCUCCUUUAGCUACAUCCAAAGAUGGGGCAGCUCCCAACAAAGUAUUCAAGAACAAGGGAGGAGUAGCUGGCCAGACCACCUGUAGGUGCCUGAAGCCCCGGAAUUAAGGUGAAACCUCCUUUUCCAGACAGAGCCUGGCCCCUAGGCCAAUUCCUGGCUCCUAGGUGCAUAGCUUUGCUUCUUGUGCAAAUCAAGCUAAGAUCUCCCCUUCUCCUACAGCCUUAGAACAACUUCUUAGAACAAAAGGUUUUCUUCUUGCCAGGUGCUUCCUGCUGUGAUGCAGACUGUCCAUCAGUACUCCUCCCCUGACUUGUCAGAAAAACUGACUUAGGAAAAUAGAGGCAGUUUUAUUUUAGUGACUUAUAGAUGUUUUUACCCAAAUACCUGGAAGUUUGUAGUUUGAGUGUAUUUAUGAUAGACUUGUAAUGUUUUCACCUAACCAUAAAUGAGGAUAUAUUUCUAGCAUGUAAAUUCCUUUUCUGAUUUAUUCCAGCCCUUAUCUAACUCCACCUUUAUUCACUCCCACUUUGUGUUGCAAGUGAAGUUAACCAGGAGCUUCUGGUGGGGACCUUGCAAUUCUUCUAGUGUAUUAUAAACAUGAGAGUUGUUGCUGUUUUUAGGGAGAUAUAGACUGGUACCCUGAGUGAAGCAGGCAGAAUUAAUGGUGGCAGACGAAUAAACCAGCUGGACAAAAGAGCUCCGUGUGUUUAAAUUAAUUUCCCGCCCUUAGUAGCAUCUCUUCUGGGCCCCUGGGAAGGAAAUUUAAGAGGCUGGACCUCAAAAUUUCUGACAGCCAAGUAGCUCAAUGCAUUGGCUCCUGCUACCACUUUGUUGUCCCUCACUGUCACUGUACUACUGUCUAGAAGAAACUUCCAUCCCCACUGUUGGUUAAGGCGGUGGCUCUCUUGGCUGGCCGCCGCCCACAGCGACCAUGCUGAUGGAAGAGAGUGCUGGAUGGAAGAGAAAGCUUGACAUAGUUACUGAUAAGAAGUCACAACAUGCCCACACGGUUGGGCUUGCCUGGAGGACUGCCUA